AGUUUCUUCCUUUGUUAUGUGCUUGAGCUUUUGUCAAUGGCAGCUGAUCAUCAAGGCAAGAAAACAAAAGGCAGGCAAAAAAUAGAGAUGAAGAAAAUUGAAAACGAAGACGAUAGGCUUAUCACUUUCUCCAAGCGUAGGUCAGGGAUCUACAAGAAAGCUAGUGAACUCAUCACUCUUACAGGUGCAGAACUGGCUUUUGUGGUGUUUUCGCCUGCUGGUAAGCCAUUUUCUUUUGCUCAUCCUUCUGUGGACGCUGUUGCUGAUAAGUUUCUUGGCAAGGAACCUGAGGCAAACGCAGAGAGCACCACCCAUCCCCUUGUGGAAGCCCACAGGCAGAUAAGGAUCGAGGAACUAAACCAACAGCACAAUGAACUUAUCCGUCAAUUGGAUGCAGUGAAGGAGAAAGGAAAACAGCUGAAGCAGAGAUUGAGAGGGAUAGAGAGAAAAGGGUGGUGGGAUACUCCAAUUGAAGAGCUGAACGUGCAAGAAAUGAUACAAAUGGAAGCUGCUUGCGAGGAUAUUCAAAUGAACUUGAUCAACAAGCUCAAGGACAAGACUUCUAGUGGAGCUUCUUCUUCUGCUGCUGCUGCUGCUGCUGCUCAUCAUCAGGCCCAAAUGAUCAAUCCUUUUGCUCCCAUGAAUCCUAAUGAGGCCAAACCGCCAGUGUUUCCUCCUGGUUAUGAUUAG